AAUCAGGCUGCGAUUGCGCACGCGCAGCAGUGCGUCACUCUUAGGAUGCAUAUGUGUCCUCUGUUGCGUAUUUUUUCUUAAAUCGCUGCUUUUGUUAUGGUUUUUAAAGCAAACCGACGCAAUGAAUGUUAAUAAUCUGUUUCUGUGUUUAAUUCUCGGUUUUGUCGCAGCGAGUGAAGACGAGAGACUGCCGAACAAAUGCGAAGUGUGUAAGUUUCUGACAGUCGAGCUGCAGGAUGCUCUGGAGAAGACCGGCCGCUCCAAAGAAGUUUUAGAAGUGGGAGAAGUCCUGGACACGGGAAAAAGGAAGAAGAAAAUUAAAUACAACACAUCGGAAACUCGUCUGACUGAGGCCAUUGACAACAUCUGUGAGCGCAUCCUGCAGUACAGUGUUCACGCAGAGAGGCCUGGCAGCCUUCGAUAUGCCAAGGGCGCCAGUCAGACCAUGACAACUCUGAAGAACCUGGUCCACAAAGGAGUCAAGGUGGACCUGGGUCUGCCCUUUGAACUCUGGGACGAGCCUUCAGCAGAAGUGUCGGACAUGAAAAAGCAGUGUGAGACGAUGCUGGAAGAGUACGAGGAGGUGGUGGAGGACUGGUACUUCCAUCACCAGGACCAGAGGCUGGAGAACUUUCUUUGUGAGCACCACAUACUUAAAGCAUCGGAACAAGAAUGUCUAAAGGAGGUGUGGAAGGGAGACAUGGGAAACAAGGGAGGAGCUGAGGAGGCGUCGAACAAGAGUGUGGAAGAGAAAGAAGAAGGCACAAAAACUCAUGACGGAUCAGAGCUUUGAAGAAAUGAGAGAAAAAAAACAACUUCACAUUUUAUCUGUAAAACAAAUACAAAGAGAAAAUGUGACUUGAUUUAUUGAUAUUUUCAGUUUUAUUAGUUUUUUUUAGGUUUUUUUAAGUUUGGAAUUAUGUGAACCUGAAGCCGUUACUGUUACCACAUUUGAAAACAGUUUACAUUUGGAGUUACAUCAGUGUAUGAAGAAGCUUUAUGUAAUAAAUGACGUUAUUUUUUAUAAUCUGUUGCACCUUUAGAAAACUUAACUCUUGUAACACUAGGGUUUGAAAUCCAACUGUUAAAUCUUGUGAAAAUACCAAUACAUUUCUUCAUGCGUAAAGAGUCUUUGGUACACUUUCUCGUGCAGUUUUGAAUGCAGUAUGUACAGGUUUCUGAAUGAAUAAAGUUGUUUUGUUUUUUUAAUAA